UACCAACAUCACAAAAUGUACCAUACCGCCACAUACCGCGUACCGUAAUGGUAGUAGUAUUAUAAUAUUAUUCUCAGGUUUACCAGUUUGUUGCCACUUCCCACUUCCAAGUUCCCAAUUGUACCAAUAAACACCAAACCAAGCACUCAAGCAGGAACAGGAACAGAACAGAGCUACAGAACAGAAUAGAACAACGGUAGAACCAUAGAAAUAGAAAAAAUACACAAACUACAGUCACAGUAGUGUUGUGUUUAGUUUUUAUUGUUUUGUCAACUACUGUGUUAUUUCUUGGUUCUUGCUAACUACCACUUACCAUUACGUGCCAUUUCCAUACCACACGAAGAAACCAAAGGAUCUCAUUGUAUUUAUUCAAUAAUAAAACAGUUCGGAUUAAUGAGAUUUUAAUUCAGCAUCACAUAAAAUGUUUAGGAGCUGAAUAGCAAUAUGGAUGAUGAGUUGGCUGCAAUUGCCAAAGAAAUUUUUGACAGCUCGAGAAGCUCGUCGCCUAUUUUAAAAGAUGUACUCUCGAAUGACAAUUGCUUAGAGAAUGAAACGUACAUGGCGUUCGAAGAGGAGGAGGAGGAAGGCGACGUCAAAAUUGAAAUAAAAAAUGAUGAUGUGCUUUCAAUGACUGCUGUAAAAAAUGAAUCUGACAACAUCAAUUUCAGAGGCUUUGAAUUAUCUUUGGAUCCAAAUGCGUUCGAGAAUGUUCAAGACGAAGAUAGUGAUUUAACGCAGCAACAAAUUGAUACUUCUAAAUUGGAGAGGGCUAGUAACUCCAAGUUAAGUUCAAAUGUUAGUAAAAAGAGUUCAAAUUUAAAACAGAGAAGGAAGAGAGGAAGAAGACCAAAAAAUAAGGACAAAGAGGAAGAGGAAGAAAGUGACUUGAAUGGAGAAUCAGCCUCUGUUGAGCCACAAUCACCCAAAGGAUUGGAUAUUGAUAAUUGUUUUGAGAGUCCGUUUGAUGAUUACGGCCUCAACAAUCCUCAAACAACUGAAACAACUAGCAAAUCAUUAAAAGACUCCUCCCAGUCCAAUACAAAACCACCUUUGAGACUGAGAGUGAAUCUGAAAGGAUUGAGCUCAGGAAAAUCAAGCGAUGAGAAUGUCGAAGAGUUGCCUCUCAAAAGAACAAGGAGAAAAGUUAAUCUUGAAGAAACAUCAACAGCCCCUUGUGAAACUGAACUCGAAAUGGGACACAGAAUUUUGAAACAACUGAUGUCAUUCCCGGGCGCCGCACCCUUUUUGGAUAGGCCAGACCUUACUGCUGACGGAAUGAAUAACUAUUACGUGGUUGUGAAAAAACCAAUGUGGCUUAAAUAUGUUUUGAAAAAGUACAAUGAAGAAAAAUACCCCAGUAUCACAGAAUUGGUAGCUGAUAUCAGGCUCGUUUUAGAGAACUGUUAUCUCUAUUGGGGUACUGGUGAUCCCCUGACUAAAAAAGCUCUUAGAGUCGAAGAACUUCUAGAAAAGAAACUAACUACUUUACCGGCGCAUGUAAGAGAGUUAUGCUCGCUAGAAGCCACUCAUGGAGAGGAUGAAACUGAUAACUUUGAACGAAAUAAGACUGACAAUACUAACCAAAAAGAUGAUGUUGAAAGUUCGAGUCAUAGUUUGAAAAAAGGUGUUUUUGUAUCACGGUUAUUGCAAAGGGUAAUUAAUAAUUCAGACACCAACUCAAUCAACUCUGAAAACUCAGUAUUAGAAGGUGUUGGUAUAGAAGUUGAAGAAUGGGAAAAAUCCGUGCUUUAUCGUGGGAACGCUCAGAAUGAAAUUGAUUCAAUGUGGGAGUUACCACUAAUAGGCCAAUUUUUGUCUCUGACGCUCAAUAUAUUGAGUAUUGGGCAAAUUUCGCAGCAUGAAGUAGAGAGAAUGCUUCUGAUACCUCAAGCAUCCACAGUAUUAGCCAAACUCAUGACGUCCAUGCUUGUUACGCCAUUUUGUCGGGUCAAGCUAGAAGAAGGCCCACCCAUGCCAUAUGAGUUCUGGUCAAGCAAGCUGAAAAAGAAAGUGUCACUCUGGUAUCAUACAUACCGAUCGACAGGAGGUGUUACUAUCAAAGUUUUUGAAAGGAUAGGAAUAGAGCCUGAAUUUUGGUUGAUAAUGGGUGAAAUUAAUCCAUUAGAGGAGAUGGAGUUUCAUGAAUUGAAGUUCAUUCAACGUGUCUGGGUCCUAAAAAGUCUUUGUGAUUUCCUAUUGCAUAAUCACAAGUCUUUCCAAGAAAGUUUCAAUGUGAUAGAACCAGAUACUAUGAGAGAAUCAUACCUGGGAAGGGAUAGGCAAGGAUUCUCCUACCAUUAUUUUCCUGAAUUCAACGAAGUUAGAAUUUACAAGAGGGCCAGAGUGUCUAAUGAAAAGUGGAAUGAAUUUGAACAUGGGGUUGAAGAAAUGAUUUUUUCCACCGCUGAAGAUGUAGACUAUGCUGAAGAAAAUGAGGAAGAAGACGGCAGACUGCGUUACAAACUGCCUCGAAGCUUGCUGCCGUCGCCAAAGUCGUUCAAGAUGGUGGCGAGAUGCGUGGAGGAUGUGCGCAGUCUGCUGGCCGAGCUGGCACAUAGCGGCACUCCUCUGCUGCGCAACCUCAGAGCCAUCCUUGCCGCCACCGAACCACUCGAGGCCAAAAUAGAGACCGCCAACGCCGCUCUCAGGAAAAAGAUGUACAACGAGUGGCUCAAUUUCAUCAACAGGCCGGUGGACUUUGUUGACCCUGGUGCCAACUAUUGGUCACGGAAGGAGUUGAAGGAUAAGGAAGAGAAAACAAAGGACGAAAAUAAUGAUUCUGUUGAUAACAUUGACAGUAUAUUAACAGUUGACAAACGAGAACGUCGGAGUGUACGAGAGAAUCAAAAGUACCUUUACGACGAAUUGGAACAACAUCUGGGUCCGGAAGAGGAUGGCGGAGACUAUGAGCCAGCGGAGGAAGGGGAAGACUCAGAAGAUGAAUGGGUUGCCACACCGUCAAAAAAGAAAAAGAAACAGCAAAACGUCUCCCAGCGAAAGAUAAAAAAGCUUCAAACAUUGACACAAAAACUUCAAGACAAGAGCGAAGAUGAUAAGUCAAAUAGGACAGGAGUAGCUCAGAAUAUUCAAGUGCCUAAAAUUCCUACAGGAAACACAAAUGUCAGUACCGCUUCUUCACUUAGUAGUGAAGUGAUAGUCAUUAAGGAUGAACCACAAGAACCUAGUUCAUCGAAUAAUUUACAAGGUUCAGUCCAACCUAAAAGUGUUUCUUCUCAAAGACCACCACCCCCUCCACCAGCCAUACCUCUUCAACAGUAUGUGCAAAAUUUCAAUUUAAAAAAGGAGGCAACCGAAAGUGGGUUUCCCAACUUUCCAGUGAAUGUAAAGAGUGAGCCUGUUCAAGACACUAAGUUGAAGUUGAAGAAUAAUUUGCAGUCUGACAUCAUCAACCUUUUGAGUGACGAGGAAGAUGUUGACGAUGUAGUGCCUGUGGUGGAGGAUGUGAAACCAGUCAUCAAAACUAUUGAAUGUUUCAUGAAGUUUGGGCCGAGAGAAAAAGGAGCACAGCAGAACCCUACACAAGCACAAACCCUUCAACAACUGAGCAUGAUGCAGGCUCAGUUCGAACAGGAGACACUUAAUGGCCUUCAAACACCUCCACAGCAAGUGAUGCCUCAGGCUCCAAUGGUGUUUCAACAGAGGGCUAAUAUUGUACAUCCUCCCCAACAAAUGGCGCAAUUUGCCAGUAGUAAUACACCUCUACCGCCAACCAAUCGGCUGACUCAACCAAUCGGUGUGCAGCAGUUUGCUGCAGCAGCAACAACAGUGAAGCAAGAGCCUGGCACCGUGCCGCCUGCUCCCAGUCAAGCCAUAUUCAACAGUCCCACGCCGCAACAGCAGAGUCCGCGCAUGAUGCAAAGUCCGCCAAUGAUGAGAGGCUCGCCGCAGCUUCGGGGGUCACCUUCGCCACGCGCACGUAUGAUGACAUCUCCUAGAAUGGUGACGUCACCAAGAAUGGUGUCCUCGCCCAGAAUGAUGACGUCACCGACAAACAGAUCUCCGAUGUUGCAGCGGGGCGGAAGGGCGCCGAUGCCCACCAUGGGACGUGGUUCGCCGCAGAACAUGCGACAACGAUCCCCGCAAACGUUUCCUCAACGUGGCAACAUCACCUCACCUCACUUCAACUCGUCCCCGCAACGAAACAACCAAGUCCGGCGGAAUCUCAACUUCAACUCGAAUAGUCGACCCCAGCCCUCCACCCAGCAACAAUCAAUGCCGGCAGCGGCCAACAGCAGCAAUCGGCCGAAAGAGCGGCUGCACAUCAUCAAUGCAGCUGAAGUGGUCGGCAAAAACACCAAGACCGUUGAAGGCAAACUGGUGGUUUCCCUCAACGACGAUGGCAACUACGGCUACUUUGCUGUGCUAUCUGAUGGUGGCAAAGUCACAGUCAGCAUGAAGCAGAUCAACGAAUUGCGAUCCAAGUGUAACGGCUCCUUGCCUGAUAAAGUUGGUAUGGCAAUGGUUAUCACAGAUUAGAGACGCUACCCCGCUAUAGUGGAAAAACGACUGACCAAAAUUAACUAAUAAUAAAUUAUUUUUAUUCACCAUGGAUUCUAUUAUCGGAAUAGAAUUGUAAAUAGAACUCAUAAAAACUUUAAACCCACUAGUGUUAUAAUGUUGAGUUGGUUUGAAAAAAUAGAACUUAUCUAUUUUAUCAAACACGGCUGAUCUCUUUGAAUCCUCUGAAACGUGAUUCGUUAAUCAUGGAUGGAAUAACCUUCCACAUCAUUCAGUUUUAUUAUUAUUUGAUGAUUUGUUUAUAUUAUUUUGUUAAUUCAUUUUCUCAAUGUUGAUUAGGUGGUUUCCUCGUUCAAAACUCGAGUAUUGUACCGUAAAUUUACUCGAGUAUGCAUAAUCUUGUAAUACUUUUCACUUUUCUAACGUGACUUACGUGUAAAUGUAAAUAUUAAAAUUGAAACUACUAUAAAAGGCAAUUUGAUAAACAUCAACGUUAGGAUUUAUAGCAGUAUUCUGUAGCCUGAGAAUUUGAUUUGUUCAUUCUAUGAAUGACAAUCAUCGACACUAUUAUUAUGUGAUAGUUCCUUUUUGUAUUAUCUACUAAUCGUGAUUUUGUGAAUUUUUCUUCCAAGAUUUCGACAUGGUGUUUUUUCUAUUUGUUUUUUAAUUGUAAUGACAUUUGAUUUAUUUUAGUUACCUCUUAGAAGUUAUUUUUUUGCAAUAAUAAUUUUCUUCCAGACAAAUGCAUAUAUUUUAUUGUAUAAACAAGAAGAAUGAGAAUAGUAUUAUUUUCGUCAAGUUUCAUUAUAUCCCAGUGAUGAUGUUCUCUAAGUUUGUAUUAUAAUAUGAACGUUAUAAUUAUA